AUGUCACAACGCCAGUAUCAGCAAUACCUCUCCGUCACCAACAUAUCCACCACCACAACUAGAUCCAACGACAGACCAAGCAUAGAAUCCGUGCUGAGCAAAGACAAGACUUCAAACACACCGAGCUCAAGGCCGAGUUCAAGGCCAAGCUACGAAACCGAAGAAUGGCUCUCCUACUCCUCCUACCCCUCUAGCAUCAGCAGCAGACGUCGCUCGUCCUCAGGUGGUUCAUGGUCGUACGACACGCACAGACUAUCGCCUGAGGAGAGGAAGCUCAAGGAGAGUGGGCCUCUCGAUGAGGUGAAGAAACGGAAAGCGGUGGAGAAGUUGAUGGGGUAUGGAUGCAUGAAGGGGAUCUAG